AUGGAAUUUCAUAAUGGGGAUGAGAUUGCACAGUUUAUUGAUGCAAGAUGGAUUUGUUCACCUGAAGCUAUGUGGAAAUUUUACAAAUUUCCAAUGACUCGGAUGAACCCGUCGGUAGACCGUCUGCAAGUUCACUUGCCCAACAUGCACCAAGUUAGAUUCGAAGGAAACCAACCUAAAGAAAGCGUUUUGGCUGACCCAAGGAGCUCAAAAAUAAUGUUGACUGAGUUUUUCAGGAUGAAUUCAGUAGAUCCUGAAGCCAGAGAUUACCUAUAUAGAGAGUUUCCAGAAAAAUAUAUAUGGAUUAAUUCCACGCGAGAGUGGUGCCGAAGGAAAACCAUGCAGAGAGUAAUUAGUCGAUUGUAUGUAGCUUCACCUCUGGAUGUUGAAAGGUUUUACCUAAGAAUGUUACUAAACCAUGUCAAAGGGCCCCAAUCAUAUGAUCAUUUAAGGACUGUCAAUAGGAUACCCCACCCUACCUUUAGAGCUGCAGUUGAGUCCUUAGAUCUUAUUGAGAAUGAUGAAAGCAUAUGUCAAUGUCUUACAUAA